GUGAGCCCCACCUUCCAUUACGCACCCCCAUUUCUGAUUCCCCACCAGCUUCAUGAAACUCAGUCGCGUCUCUCUAUCCUCGAAGGCGAACUAUCCCGCCUCCGUCCCUUACUUCUAAUGCAACCUCUCGCAUUGAAUGGGACUGUCACCUUGAAUCAAGUCUCAAAGACUCGUUCACACCGGCGGAGAAAGAAAGAUCCACUAACUACAGAAGACGAGGACGCUGGUCCUGAUCCUUCUGAUGAUGACCAUCCAGGAGACCCUGAAGAUACACCUACAACCACACCAAAGCAGAAACCUCGUACAGCGGCAGCAAGUCUCCAUCCGCAUCCUUCCAAGCGCCGGCACUCUCAAAGACAAGCUCCGCGAGUUCUAACUGCGGAUGCAAGAACAGAACACUUACUCCUAGCGGCAAAGAGAAUCGGAAAACAGCGUGCUGGCAUAAUGGCUGGCCUCACACAGACCUUGGAUAAACAGCGAGAGGGAUCAACAUCAACCGUUGUUGCUACCCCCAAGACACCAAAGCGCACGACAGCUGUUCCCCCUGGGCCAGGGUACGUCUAUCUUAAUAGUCCUAUGCGCCCAGGUGCUGUCCCUGUGCUUGUUCCAGCAUAUUCACAUCACCUGCUACAAACCCCAAGCUCUUCUAAGACAGCGGCUUCAGCGUCUUCCUCCACCCACCAACAGAAGAAGCAGCAAGGUGCGCGUAACCAGAACCCACCAACACCUUUGGACUCUCUUUUGAGUGCAGCAAGGUCAAUGAUGGAUGAUGAGGAAGAUGAGGAAGAGACUGUCACUGGCACGAGGCGUUCGCGAUCAAGCGAAAUGCCUGAUAGUCCUGUACCGAAACGCAGGAAAAUCGCUGCUCGGGACAAGGUCAGUGCGCUCAGAGAUCAAGCGAGAGAUCAAGGUGCAGGACAGCCGAACGGUAGCUCAGCUGGUUCCAAUUCAGCUGCUGUUGGCAGGGUUAGAUCAGGGCUGGACGUACUAGCUGACCAAGCCGCCGCAUUCUCUUCGCAAGAUCAGCAGAAUCAUUUGGAACCUCACUCACUGCCCAAGGGCAAAGGAAAGGAGAAGGCUCCCUCUAUUCCUGAUAAAUCCCCCGACAAUCAGCUGAGAGAGAAAAGCAGGUCAAAAAGGAAGCAAUCCGUACCUGAUGUUGCGCCCCAGCCUCCUCGCUCCCGUCGUCCCUCACCUUUACCCCGAGCAAAUGCAGUUGACUGGGGUUCUGGACCGCCAAAUCUACGUCCAGUCCAAUGGGCCGAUGGAUCUUCACAAGUUGCGUCCGGGGACCACGGUUCUGCUCGUGAAAUCGCGACCGCCUCAACGCCUCCCCCCACUCAGCCUAUAACAAUAUCCCCUACCCCUCCUCCGCGACCCGAGUCGGCUGAUCAGGUGAGGCAUGAUCCUCCCAGCAACGCGGCUACACCACCACCUAUACCUCCCGCCGAGCCCACUCCCGAUCCUAGUGUGAAUACGCCCCCCAGUCAGUCCGCACUCAUUGAUCCAUUCCUCGUUCCUCUUUCUCCUCGGCAUGAAAGUUCCACAAUUACAGAAGCUGUGGCCCCAAUAUCUGCACUACACCAACGGGCAGUCACGGCCCCGAUCAGUAGUAGUUGGGGAGAUGCCCCGUCGGAUUUGCAAGCACAUCUGCGGCACGAGACAGCUCCCGGAAAGACUGAUGCAGGAAGUGCUGAUUCGAUCGCUGAUAAUAAUGAACCGAGUUCUAGUCCUGCAACUGGAACAGAAUCUGUGGCGAUCACGAAGAACAAGGAAGUCACCAGGGUUGUGGGCCAAGAUAUCCCAAAGAGGCAGCGAAGUCCUUACGUCAAGUGGAGCAAGGAGGAGGAUGAUCUACUUGCUCAGGCCGUCGCCAAAUACGGACAGAAGUGGGACUUGGUCCAGAAAGCGUUACCAUCGAGGGGAUAUCACCAAGUUCGGCAGCGAUGGCUUCGCAAGCUAGGGGUCUUCGACAGUAAACCAGACCUGUCUGCCUUCCAAACUGGUAGUUUUCCAUCUGGCUCACGUUUAGGAGAGACGCCAGGAUCACCCAUUCCGGUCGAACCACCUCCAAAUCCGAAGCUGGGACUUGCUCCGUUGAGCAGUGAACUUGCUUUUUCGUCGUUUUUAUCCGGGAGAGGGGAGAGUCGACCGUCGUAGCAAAAUUGUUGCUAUCUUGGUAAUUGCUGAGAGUAUUGUAUCUUACUGUUUAUUACUAGUAGCACCAGUCGCUGGUCAUAGUGUAAUCGUUGCGUGGGUAUUAUGUAGCAGCUGCUUGAUUUUUUUUCGGAUUGUAAUGAUGAAUGCGAC